AUGGUUUCAAGCAAUGAUGUUCAUGAGAAGAAAGGCGGUGUGUUGGCGAUUGUUUGUCUUAUUGGGGGUGAUUGUGAUACAACUAAAACUAGGAUUACUAGAUUUGCUAAUUACUUAAGAAAUUUACUACCAUCCUCUGAUGCUGGUGUUAUGGAAUUAGCAGCUAAGACUGUGGGUCGUUUGGCAACAGUUUCUGGAGUAAAACGAGCAGAGUAUGUAGAAUUUGAGGUAAAGAGAGCAUUUGAAUGGUUGUCUGAAGAAAGAAAUGAGGGCAGGCGACAUUCAGCUGUUUUAUUGCUAAAAGAAUUGGCCAUUGCUAUGCCAACAUAUUUCUAUCAGCAAGUUUCCGGAUUCUUUGAUCAUAUAUUAGUUGCAUUAAAGGAUCCUAAGCAACAAAUAAGAGAAGCCGCUGCCAAGGCUUUAAGAGCUGGAUUAGUUGUGACAGCUCAGAGAGAAACAGCAAAACAGUCUACUGCAAAACCACAGUGGUACCUGCAGUGCUAUGAAGAGGCUAUGGUGUCCUUUGAGGAUAUUCCUUUUAAAGAGAAAGGUAUAACUAAAGAAGAUAAAGUGCAUGGUGGACUUCUUAUACUUAAUGAACUUCUAAGAUGUUCUAAUGCAGUUUGGGAGAGAAAAUAUACACAAUUGAUGCAAAGUUUGGACACACAAAGGGAUAUAACUAUGUCAGAUGAUAUAAUUUUUAUAAGCUCAAAAUUGCAUAGUCCAUCUGUAAAGAGAGGUUAUCUUUGUGAUGGUUUUAAAACUGAGAAUGUCCAGUAUCCAGUUCCUAUUUAUGAAUCAGAUGUUUGCAGAAAAUUACUAAAUGAAGAAUAUGAUCGAAUAUGUCAAGAUGUGAUGAAUCAGAGGGUACUUAAAACUCAGGGAGUUCCCCAAAUUCUUCUUAUCAUAAUCCCAAGAUUAGCAGCUUUCAAUAAAGAGUUAUUUUUGAAGAAGUACCUUAGUUCUACAAUGAACUACCUUCUUCUGUCCCUUCGCAGUAAAGAAAAGGAUAAAAACAUGGCAUUUACAACAUUGGGUUUAAUGGCAGCAGCUUUGGAGGAUGACAUAAGAAACUAUAUUCGUACUAUAAUGGACUUUAUAAAGCAAGCUCUGCCAAUCAGAGAUACACAGAGCAAAAAACGAAUGUGGAUUGACCCAUCAAUUUUUGCAUGUAUCACUUUGCUCGGUAGUGCUGUGAAGGAUUUAGUAGUCAGCGAUAUUAAGGAGCUUCUUGAUGCUAUGUUUGCGACAGGCCUUAGUCCUUCGUUAACGAUUUGUCUGAAAGAAUUGAGCCAAAACUUACCAGCUCUUCGGGAAGAAAUAUCUGCAGGCUUACUAAAUAUGCUUUCCUUGGUUCUGAGGAACAAACCAUUUCUGCAUCCGGGCGUACCUCGCAGCAUGGAACAACAAAGCACCAUGAGCCUAAUCAUCGAACCACACGACACGGCGAGUAUUGUCUUGGCGUUGCGAACACUGGGCACUUUUCAGUUCGAGGGCCAUCACAGUCUUCUAACCUUCGUGAGGCGGUGUGCCGAUCACUUCUUGCAAAGCGAGCAACAGGAGGUCAGGUUGGAAGCCGUGAAAACCGCCGCGAAGCUGUUGGCAAACGCCACCGUGCGGACCGUGAAGAACCCUUCUAGAACCCUCACCAUGCUAACUGCAGAAGUCGUUGGAAAGAUGCUAGUUGUAUCCGUCACCGACCCGGAGUACGAAGUGCGCUAUUGGGUUCUUGAAUCUCUGACGGAUAUAUUCGAUAUGCACUUGGCACAGAUAGAAAACUUAAGCUUCCUAUUCAUAGCAAUGAAUGACGAACAUCUCGAAAUACGUGAACUAGCAAUCUGUACCAUCGGUCGGUUGAGCACAGUAAAUCCGGCGUACAUUAUGCCCGGUCUUAGAAAGACAUUGAUACAGUUUUUAACGGAACUGGAACACUCCGGAAUGAGUAGGAACAAAGAGCAAGCCGCCAGGAUGCUGGAUAACCUCAUCUUGCACGCUCCAAAACUUGUAAAACCGUAUAUGGAGACAAUACUCAAUGUUCUAGUGCCAAAGCUUAAGGAGUCUGACGCAAACCCUGGAGUUGUUAUCAGCGUGUUGAAGGCUAUAGGGGACCUGGCCGAUGUGCACGGGGACAACAGCGGUCUGAAGAAAUGUCUGUCUGAACUGUUAAGCAUACUGUUGGAUCUACUGUCCGACGCUAGCGCAACCGAUAAAAGGAGUGUUGCCUUGUGGGCUUUCGGCCAACUGAUCAGUGCAACGGGCUACGUAGUGACACCCUACACGGAGUACCCCAAUUUAAUGGACGUCCUUCUGAAUUUCCUAAAAACCGAACAACAGCCGAAGGACAGAAGAGAGACCAUUCGCGUUUUGGGCCUCCUUGGGGCAUUAGAUCCUUACAAGCAUAAAUUGACACGGGGCCUCAUAGACGGUCAGCCCGAUUCAAGUUUAGUGCCGGUUGCCGAUAGCAAAGCCGAGGAGAAUAAUUUCGAUAUGACCACCAGCGAGAUGUUGGUGAACAUGUCUUCGCCGCUUUUGGACGAGUACUAUCCGGCUAUCGUUAUAUCUACACUAAUGAGGAUACUGCGCGACCCGACUUUGCAACAGCACCACACAAGUGUGGUCCAAGCGGUGACCUUUAUAUUCCAGUCUUUGGGCAUCAAGUGUGUACCGUACAUCUCAAGGGUGACCCCCAGCCUUCUAUAUGUGGCACGUGCGACUGACAACAAUAGUUUCCGCGAGUUCCUAUUCACGCAACUGGCGAAGCUCAUCGCUAUAGUGAAGCAACACAUUCGCAACUAUCUGGACAAGAUCUUCGACCUGAUUAAAGAGUUCUGGACACCGCACAGCCCCCUGCAACCGACGUUGAUAUUACUUGUCGAACAUAUCGCCGUCGCGCUGGGCUCGGAGUUCAAGGUCUACCUGCCUCAGCUCAUGCCGCACAUUCUACGCGUGCUGGCCCACGACACGAGUAAAGACAGAUUUGUCACGGAGAAGCUACUGUACGCGAUGCAAAAAUUCGAGGACAAUCUCGACGACUACAUGCAUUUGAUUGUACCUUCGAUCGUGAAGCUGUUCGAUGCGACGGACUGCCCGAUUCCCGUGGCGAAGGUCGCCAUGGAGACUGUCGACUACCUUUCGGACUCCUUGAACUACAGCGAGCUGGUUUCUAGAAUCAUCCAUCCGCUAGUCAGAAGCCUGGACACGUGUUACGCGCUCCGCACCACCGCGAUGGACACUCUGUGCGCCUUGAUCAUACAGCUCGGCCGCAAGUACAUGGACUUCAUUCCGCUGGUGCAAAAGGUCGUCACAAAACACCGAAUCCAGCAUCAGAACUACGAGCUGCUGUUGUCAAAAUUGCAGUCCACAUCGACCUUGGGCGUCGACGACGGCUUGCAAAGCACUCGAAGGAAACCACGCAAUAACAAUCAAGAGGCUCGUAUCGUAUUUGCGGAUACUUCGCAAUCCAUACGCAAGUUGUACGUGAACGCCCACAAUCUGAAGGUCGCUUGGACAGUUAGCAGCCGUGUAUCGAAGGACGACUGGCUGGAAUGGCUGCGCCGGUUUAGCAUAGGCCUCUUAACAGAGUCCCAUAGCCCCGCUCUCAGGGCGUGUCUGGCCUUAGCGCAUAAUUACUCGCAACUGCUCCGCGACCUGUUCAACGCCGCCUUCGUGUCCUGUUGGACCGAGCUGGACAACUCUUCGCGUGCGGACCUCUCGAGCGCAUUGGAGCAGGCCCUGACAGCUCCAGAUGCCCCAGAGUUGGCGCACACGGUGCUCAACCUGGCCGAGUUCAUGGAGCACUGCGAGGGCGGAGCCCUACCCAUCCCCACCAACCUGCUCGGCGAGAGGGCGAUGCACUGCCGCGCCUACGCCAAGGCUCUUCAUUACAAGGAGGAGGAGUUUCGGAACGGCGCGACCUCUCAAGUAGUAGAAGCUCUGAUACACAUAAACAAUAAGUUGCAACAGAAGGAAGCGGCGGAGGGGCUCCUGGAGCGGGUGAUGGCGCAACGCGAGGCGGGCGACGCCAACUUGAAGGUUCAGAUACGGUGGUACGAGAAAUUGCACAAUUGGGAGAAAGCGUUAAACUUGUAUGACGAGAAACUGUCAGUGGACCCCGACAAUAUGGAGGCAUACAUGGGGGAGCUAAGAUGCUUCGAAGCACUCGGCGAAUGGGUGAAACUGUACAAGACAGUGUCGAGACGCUGGCCGAAUAUGAGCGACGAGGAGAAAUUCAAGGCAGCGAGGUUAGCCGCAGGCGCCGCUUGGGGCAUGAACGAAUGGGACUCGAUGGCCAACUACGUCAGCUUCCUGCCGGAGAACACCCAAGAUGGCGCGUUCUACAGAGCGGUCCUGAACAUCCAUAAAGGCGAUUACACUCUAUCGAGGUUGUACAUCGACCAGGCGCGCUCGUUGCUCGACUCCGAGUUGACGGCCGUGGCCGGGGAGAGCUACCAGCGGGCCUACGGGGCGCUGGUCAACGCGCAGCUGCUCGCCGAACUGGAGGAGGUGAUCACGUACAAGCUGGUGACCGAGAGGAGGGAGUCCAUACGGCAGGCGUGGUGGACGCGGCUCCAAGGCGGCCAGAGGCUGGUCGAGGACUGGCGCAAGAUACUCCAGGUGCGCAGCCUGGUGCUGACGCCGCAGGAGGACAUGGCCACGUGGCUGAAGUUCGCCUCGCUGUGCAGGAAGAGCGGCGCGCCCCGCCAGGCGCACAGGACGCUGGUGAUGCUGCUCGGCUCGGACCCCAGCAAGAACCGCGAGCUGCCGCUGCCGACGCACGAGCCGCGGCUCACGCUCGCCUACGCCAAGCACCUUUGGGUGGCCAACGACAAGAGGCUGGCCUACGACCAGCUGCAGCGCUACGUGGACACGGUGGAAAUCGGCGACCCGGAACACUGCCGCCUCCUGGCCCGCUGCCACCUCAAGCUGGGCUCCUGGUGCGAGGCCCUGCUGGGCAUCAACGAGCUCUCCAUACCGGAGAUCCUGCGCAACUACGCAGCCGCGACGAAGCGCAGCUCCGACUGGUACAAGGCGUGGCACGCGUGGGCCUACAUGAACUUCGAGACGGUGCUGUUCUACAAGCACCAGGAGACGAGCGGCGAGAAAAAGACCCCGCCCGAGUUCAUCCAGCAGCACACGGUGCCGGCGGUGGAGGGCUUCUUCAAAUCCAUCAACCUUUCGCACGGCAGCUCGUUGCAGGACACCCUGCGGCUGCUGACCCUGUGGUUCGAUUACGGCCAGCACCCGGCCGUCCACGAGGCCUUGGUGGAGGGCAUCAGAACGAUCGAAAUCAACGUGUGGCUCCAAGUAAUACCACAGUUGAUCGCCAGAAUCGACACCCCUAGAGCUUUGGUGGGGAAACUGAUACACUCUCUGUUGAUCGAUAUCGGAAAGUCGCACCCGCAAGCUCUCGUCUAUCCUCUGACGGUCGCUUCGAAGUCCUCGUUUGUGGCACGGAAGAACGCCGCUAACCAGAUUCUGAAGUCUAUGUGCACUCAUUCCAGUAACUUAGUCAACCAGGCUGCCAUGAUCUCUGAGGAGCUAAUAAGAGUCGCUAUUCUCUGGCACGAGCAGUGGCACGAGGCGCUUGAGGAAGCUUCAAGACUAUAUUUCAGCGAACACGACGUUAAGGCCAUGUUUAAGACCCUCGAGCCCUUGCAUUCGAUGCUCGAGAGGGGGCCUGAGACUACGAAAGAGGCUUCCUUCACUCAAGCUUACGGCAGGGACCUCAAUGAGGCCCAAGAGUGGUGCAAUCGUUAUAAGGAGUCGGGGCAGGUGCGCGACCUGAAUCAGGCGUGGGACCUCUACUACCACGUGUUCCGGCGCAUCAGCCGCCAGCUGCCGCAGCUCACCUCGCUCGAGCUGCAGUACGUGAGCCCCAGGCUGCUCGGGUGCCGCGAGCUCGAGCUGGCGGUGCCGGGCUCGUACGUGCCGGACUCGGACCUCAUCCGCAUAGCGCACAUACAGAGCAGCCUGCAGGUGAUAACGUCUAAGCAGAGGCCGCGUCGCCUCUGCAUACGCGGCUCCAACGGCAAGGACUACAUGUUCCUGCUGAAGGGGCACGAGGAUUUAAGGCAGGAUGAACGGGUGAUGCAGCUCUUCGGGCUGGUGAACACCCUGCUCCAAGCAGACCCGGACACCUUCAGACGGGACCUGGCGAUACAGCGCUACGCCGUCAUACCGCUCUCGACCAACUCGGGACUGAUAGGCUGGGUGCCCCACUGCGACACGCUGCACUCCCUGAUAAGGGACUACAGGGAGAAGCGAAAGUGCUUACUCAACAUCGAGCACAGGAUUAUGCAGCGCAUGGCUUCAGAUUUGGAGAAGCUUAUGCUCAUGCAAAAGGUGGAAGUGUUCGAGCACGCACUCGAGCACACCGCCGGCGACGACCUGGCGAAGCUGCUCUGGCUGAAGAGCCCCUCCUCCGAGGUGUGGUUCGAGCGGCGCACCAACUACACCCGCUCGCUGGCCGUCAUGAGCAUGGUGGGCUACAUCCUGGGCCUGGGAGAUCGGCACCCGUCCAACAUAAUGCUGGACAGGGUCACCGGCAAGUUCCUCCACAUAGACUUCGGCGACUGCUUCGAGGUGGCCGUGACGCGCGACAAGUUCCCGGAGAAGAUACCGUUCCGACUGACGAGGAUGCUCAUCAACGCGAUGGAGGUGACGGGGAUAGAGGGCACGUACCGGCGCACGUGCGAGUCCGUGAUGGAGGUGCUGCACCGGCACAAGGACAGCGUGAUGGCGGUGCUCGAGGCGUUCGUGUACGACCCGCUGCUCAACUGGCGGCUGGUGGAGGCGGCGCGGCGGUCGCGCGGCGACGGCGAGCCCGACGCGCCGGGCUCGCCGCCCGCCAGCCGCCCGCGCCCGCCGGCCGGCGACGGCCUCGACCAGCCCGCGGAGACGCACCUCAACAAGCGCGCCCUCGUCAUAGUGAACCGCGUGCGCGACAAGCUCACCGGCCGCGACUUCACGCACCUCGACGACCUGUCCAGCGUCACCGUGCAGAAGCAGGUCGAGCUGCUCAUCCAGCAGGCGACCAGCAACGAGAACCUGUGCCAGUGCUACGUCGGCUGGUGCCCCUUCUGG